CAUAGGGACUUCUUCGCAAAAACAGUCACAAACUGAUUGGAUUAGCCGGGUAGGCGAUGGCGGAAGCGACCACCAGCGGCGCAGCGGGGAGAUGGUCCCUCAGCGGCAAGACGGCCCUCGUCACCGGCGGCACCCGCGGCAUCGGGCGUGCGGUGGUGGACGAGCUGGCGGCGCUGGGGGCGGCCGUGCACACCUGCUCCAGGAAGGAGGGUGAGCUGGGCGAGCGCCUCAGGGAGUGGGAGGGCAAGGGCUUCCGCGUCACCGGCUCCGUCUACGACGUCUCCGUGCGGGAGCAGAGGGAGCGCAUGCUCCGGGAGGUCGCCGGCCUCUACGGCGGCAAGCUCGACAUCCUUGUAAACAACGUGGGAACAAACAUUUCAAAACAAACUACUGAAUACUCUGCGGAUGAUUACUCGUUCAUAAUGGCCACUAAUCUUGAAUCUGCGUAUCAUCUCUGCCAACUUGCACACCCUCUUCUCAAAGCAUCUGGGGCAGGAAGCAUUGUUUUCAUAUCGUCAGUCUCUGGAGUGGUAGCUGUAUGUAGUGGCACUGUCUAUGCGAUGACAAAAGGUGCCAUGAACCAGCUGGCCAAGAACCUGGCAUGUGAGUGGGCGAAAGACAAUAUAAGAACCAACUCUGUUGCACCAUGGUAUAUCAAGACUUCACUUGUGGAAGAUGAAUUGGCAAGGGAGGGCUUCGCCGACAGCGUCAUGCGUCGAACUGCGCUGAAGCGCGUGGGAGAACCAGAAGAGGUGUCAUCGUUGGUCGCGUAUCUGUGCAUGCCCGGGGCUUCCUACAUCACCGGCCAGACGAUCUCCGUCGACGGGGGCAUGACCAUAAACGGGUUGUACCCAAAUCAGGACUAGCAGCAUAUAUACAAGCCGGUGGUCUGUCUUCUGAGGUGAACCAUAGUUGUCUCAGAAUUCAGAUUUCGGUCAGACGCAAAACGUAAGAAGCUCAAAUUACUGUGUUUGGAGGGGUGAGGUCUGAACCGUAUGUAAAACCCAAUAUCGCAAACAGAUGGCUAUGAGCAUAGACCAAAACUAUUCGGUAUGAACCUAUGACAAAAACUAUUUGGUUGA